CGGAUCUUUAGGAGGAGUACCUGCAGAUCUCUGCGUGGUCUGGUAACCCAGAGUCGUGAAGAGAGGUGAGGCGUUUCUCUGGGGUCCUCCGAAGAUCCUGAGAGCGCAAGAGAGAAAGGCAAAGCGCGGAAGGAGCCUCGGGGCAGUAAUCUUUGACAGGUUCCAUGUCCACCGUGGUAGCUCAGGCGCUGCAUGUUUUUGGUCUUCGGUCCCACGUGGCCAACAAUAUCUUUUUCUUCGAUGAACAGAUCAUUAUAUUUCCUUCAGGAAAUCACUGUGUGAAGUACAAUCUGGAUCAGAAAUGGCAAAAAUUCAUUCCAGGCUCAGACAAGAGCCAGGGCAUGCUGGCCUUGUCCAUCAGUCCCAAUCGGCGAUACCUCGCUAUCUCCGAGACUGUGCUGGAAAGACCCACCAUCACUAUUUACGAGCUGUCAUCCAUCCCUUGCCGGAAGCGCAAAGUCCUGAAUAAUUUUGACUUCCAAGUUCAAAAGUUUGUCAGCAUGGCUUUCUCUCCAGACUCUAAAUACCUGCUGACACAGACGUCACCUCCAGAGUCAAACCUCGUCUAUUGGCUAUGGGAAAAGCAGAAAGUAAUGGCCAUUAUUAGAUCUGACGUGCAGAACAACCCCAUCUACCAGGUCAGCAUCAACCCCCAGGAUAAUACUCAAGUUUGUGUCACUGGGAACGGGAUAUUUAAGCUUCUCCGCUUUGCCGAAGGAACCCUAAAGCAAACCAAUUUCCAGAGGGGAGAAUCCCCAAACUACCUAGCCCACGCCUGGGUGUCUGAUGAUAAGAUCAUUGUUGGCACUGACACCGGCAGGCUCUUCCUCUUUGAGUCUGGAGAUCCACGCUGGGAGACGAACAUAAUGGUGAAGGAGCCCACCAGCUCCAGGAGCCUGGAAAUCAUCCAUGAGUCAGAGAGCCUGAUCGAGUUUCCACCACCCAGCUCCCCGGACCCCUCCUUUGAACAGGUCGUGGCCACCACUUACACCCACCACAUGUCCAUGCCCCAGGUGUUUGCCAUCGCCGCCUAUUCCAAGGGCUUUGCCUGCUCCGCUGGGCCGGGGAGAGUGCUGCUGUUUGAGAAGGUGGAAGAGAAGGACGUUUACCGAGAGAGCAGGGAAAUCCGGAUCCCUACGGACCCACAAAGCAGUGACCCAAGUCAGUCAGACAAACAGGACGUUCUAUGCCUGUGCUUCAGCCCAUCAGAAGAAACCUUGAUCGCCAGCACCAGCAAGAACCAACUCUAUUCCAUCACCAUGUCCCUGACGGAGAUCAGCAAGGGAGAGCCUGCCCAUUUCGAGUACCUGCUGUACCCGCUGCACUCAGCGUCCAUCACUGGCCUCGCUACCUGCAUCCGCAAACCCCUCAUUGCCACCUGUUCUCUGGAUCGCUCCGUCCGCAUCUGGAAUUACGAAUCAAACACCCUGGAGCUAUUUAAGGAGUACCAAGAAGAGGCCUACACCAUCAGCCUUCACCCGUCGGGACACUUCAUCGUGGUGGGCUUUGCUGACAAACUCCGCCUGAUGAACCUGCUCAUUGAUGAUAUCCGCCCUUUCAAAGAAUAUUCUGUCAGAGGCUGCAAGGAGUGUGCCUUUAGCAACGGAGGUCACCUCUUCGCUGCAGUCAACGGAAACGUGAUUCACAUUUUCACUACCACGAGCUUGGAGAACAUCACCAACUUGAAAGGGCACACGGGGAAGAUUCGUUCACUUGUGUGGAACUUAGAUGACAGCAAGCUGAUUUCUGCUGGGACGGAUGGCGCUGUGUAUGAAUGGAACCUGUCCACGGGGAAGAGAGAGACAGAAUGCGUGCUCAAGUCCUGUAGCUACAACUCUGUUACUGUCUCCCCUGAUGCCAAAGUUAUCUUCGCCGUGGGAUCGGACCAGACUCUCAAGGAGAUUGCAGAUUCUUUGAUCCUCCGCGAGAUAUCGGCUUUUGACGUCAUCUAUACGGCCAUCACCAUCUCGCACUCCGGGCGCAUGAUGUUUGUGGGCACUUCCGUGGGAACUAUCCGUGCCAUGAAAUACCCGCUGCCUUUGCAGAAAGAAUUCAAUGAGUACCAGGCUCAUGCUAGUCCCAUCACCAAGAUGAUGCUCACCUUUGAUGACCAGUUCCUAUUGACCGUGGCUGAGGAUGGCUGCCUGUUCACCUGGAGGGUCUUCGAUAAGGAUGGCCGGGGAAUCAAACGAGAGAGGGAGGUGGGCUUUGCUGAAGAGGUGCUGGUGACUAAAACAGACAUGGAAGAGAAGGCUCAGGUCAUGUUGGAGCUGAAGACACGCGUGGAAGAACUGAAAAUGGAGAACGAGUAUCAGCUUCGGCUGAAGGAUAUGAACUACUCGGAGAAGAUCAAGGAGCUGACGGACAAGUUCAUCCAGGAGAUGGAGUCCUUAAAGACGAAAAACCAGGUUUUAAAAACAGAGAAAGAAAAACAGGACAUCCACCACCGAGAACGCAUAGAACAGCUCCUGGACAAACAGUCCCGGGAGCUGCAAGACAUAGAAUGUUGCAACAACCAGAAGCUGCUCCUGGAAUAUGAGAAAUAUCAGGAGCUGCAGCUCAAGUCCCAGAGGAUGCAGGAAGAGUACGAGAAACAACUUCGGGAUAACGACGAGACCAAGAGCCAGGCCCUGGAGGAGUUGACCGAGUUCUACGAGGCCAAGCUCCAGGAGAAAACUACUCUUCUAGAAGAGGCCCAGGAAGAUGUUCGACAGCAGCUUAGGGAAUUUGAGGAAACCAAGAAGCAGAUUGAAGAAGAUGAAGACAGGGAGAUCCAAGACAUCAAAACUAAGUAUGAGAGAAAGCUCCGGGAUGAAAAGGAGUCCAACCUUCGGCUCAAGGGAGAAACGGGCAUCAUGAGGAAGAAGUUCAGUAGCCUGCAAAAGGAGAUCGAAGAGCGCACCAACGACAUUGAGAUCCUGAAGGCAGAGCAAAUGAAGCUGCAGGGCGUCAUCAAGUCCCUGGAGAAGGACAUCCAAGGCCUCAAGAGAGAGAUCCAGGAGAGAGAUGAGACCAUUCAAGACAAGGAGAAACGGAUUUAUGACCUAAAGAAGAAGAACCAAGAACUAGAGAAAUUCAAGUUUGUCCUCGACUACAAAAUAAAGGAGCUGAAGAAGCAAAUAGAACCUAGGGAGAAUGAGAUCAAAGUGAUGAAGGAGCAGAUCCAGGAGAUGGAAGCAGAACUGGAGCGUUUCCAUAAGCAGAACACGCAACUGGAGCUGAACAUCACGGAACUGUUGCAGAAACUGCGAUCCACAGAUCAGGAGAUGCGCAAAGAGCAGCAGAAGGAGCGGGACCUGGAAGCACUGGUCCGGCGGUUUAAGACGGACCUUCACAACUGCGUAGCGUACAUCCAGGAGCCCCGGCUGCUGAAGGAGAAGAUCCGUGCUCUCUUUGAGAAGUACGUGCAGCGGGCAGACAUGGUAGAAAUUGCGGGGCUGAACUCAGACCUGCAACAGGAGUAUGCCCGCCAGCGGGAACACCUGGAGAGGAAUCUUGCCACUCUCAAGAAGAAGGUGGUCAAGGAGGGUGAGCUGCAUCGCACCGACUACGUCCGCAUCAUGCAGGAAAAUGUCUCCCUGAUCAAGGAGAUUAAUGAGCUCCGCAGGGAGCUGAAGUUGACCCGCUCCCAAAUCUAUGACCUUGAAUCAGCCCUGAAACUGUCCAAGAAAACGCGACCACAAGAAGCCCCAGAGACAGCUCUCACCAAGGACAUGGCCAGCGUCAGCCCUACUAUGAGACUGAGUGAACAGGAGGAAACCGGGAGAAUCAUCGAGAUGCAGCGCCUGGAAAUCCGCCGCCUCAGAGACCAGAUCCAAGAGCAGGCGCAGGUCCCGGGCUUCCACACCAUUGCCGGAGUUCGGCUCCCUUCCCUCGCCGACUCGGAUGUGGAUUUUGAAGUGCACAGCAAGUGACCUCUGGUGAGCUAUUUGCAGCCACAGCCCGGAUGCACCACGUGUCCGGCACCAAGUCAGGCGUCUACCUGAGUCCCAUCAACCUCUUUCAUCUGGAGAGUUGGGGUCAGAAUAAAGCAGGAUGAGAAUAAAGGUGUUUGCUCACAGCCUUGAUCAACUUCUGCUGAGGGUGGGGUCCUAUGGGAAGGGGUGAGAGGAGCCGGAGGACUGGGGACUGCAGGAUCUCCAGGCCUUUGUCGUUUGCUCCUGUGCAGGAACUGGGCAAUCUGCAUUGCAGACAUGGCGAGACCUGGGGCCCGCAAGACAGGGCUGUCUGCUCACAUCUUAAGUAGCUCACCUGCAGCUUCUCCCCUGGCUUUCACCUCUCCCAGCCAAGUCAGGACCAAACAGGGUCUCCUCUGGUUUCUUCUUCCUCGUGAACUACAACGAGGGACUUCCUGUCUUUCCUUCUCUUGCCUUCACAUCUGUGUUCGGUGUGACCUUAACCGGUUCUCCAUUUCUGGAGACACUUUAUACUCUCUAGUGAUGCCUUCAGGUCCCAACCCAGGAGCCUAGAUACAGGUAGGUACUAGGAAAAGAUUCCUUUAUAAAGUAAUAAUGUAACUCAAAUGUCCUUGGCUUCUGUUUGCAGAGAACAGAUAUCUAUCUAUAUUGGGAUUUAAACCCACAGUCCCUCCUGGCCCCUAGUGGUCCCUCCGGCUGCACGAAGCCUGCCAUCUCCCAGACUCCUCAGUUUCCCAAGGCUGCAUUGCUAACAUUGUGCAAAGGACCACAGCAAAGACUGUAAAGGACUCCAGUGGAUGCUCCGUGGGGCUCUGUCUCUACUGGUCACUUCCCCACCCAACCCCCAUCCUAUCGCUGCAGUCAGUUCCUCUCCUCCAUGCCAAUGUGACAGCCAUCCUGACCCUUACCCACUGGGAUCUUCCGCAAAUCAAGCUGGCCUGUCCAAGACUCACACCUUGCCGUCACCUUUGCAGGACAGAGCGGUUUGACAUGAGACAGGGAUAGAGGAGGGACGGGGUGAGCAGGGCCAGACCCUUCCUGACCUUGAAGACACAUGAAAGAGACUGGUCAGAGUCCCAAGGUCAGUGCCAGGCUGCUGGAACCACUGUCCUCGGCUUCCCAGGCCCUUUCCACGCUGCCCCAUUUCCAGUUUCCAUAACAGGUCAGUCUUCCUGGAUCUCUAUACUUCCGCACUCUACUUCCUCUGCCUGAGAUGCUGUGGUCCCCACAGAAGUUUCAAAUCUGAGCUUAAGUGUCACUUCCUCAGAAAGCCAGACCUUGACCUCCCUUCUGCUGUCUAAAUUACACCCACCUUAAUGUUUUCUUUCAACCCCUCACUACGCCUCAUCUGUCUGGUUGCUUCGUGUCUGCCUCUCCUGCUGACUGAGUUUCAUGAGAGCUAUCCCUGGGUCUAAAGCUCACUUGGGUGGCAUCGAUGGAGGGGGUCCAAUAGUAGAAGCAGGAGGCCUGGUUAGGGAGAAGUUGUGUGUGUACGAGCGUGAGAGACUGGUCGCUUGGCCCAGGAAGAUGGCUGAGGGGAGGCAGAGGAAUGAAUUCCUCUGACUUCCAGACUGGUGGGAGUUCAUCCAAAAGAGAGGAAGCAUGGCCUGGGCAGGAGAAAAUGCAGAGGAAAACGGAGCUCUGAUGACCGGAAGCAUUCAGAUGACAAGCACACCACCAGGAAAUGUCCUUAAGCAAGACCUCACCUUUCCUCCUACGAGAUGGUUUGAGAGAGACUGGCACACAGCCACACGGUUGGGGCCGUGGUUAUGACCCUGCUACCCAGUGGCCUCCAAGUCUGUGUUUUCAUACACUGAGCUGUGAGAGGUGCCUGUCCAAACCCCACAGGCCGGGUGGUUGGAGGGUAUUGGAAUGUAGCUCCCAGAGACUCUUAACCAGAAGGAAAGGGGGCGGAAACUGAGCUUUCCGUGGCUGCUGCCCAGUGGACGAAAGGAAGGAAGACAGAAGCAGCAGCAGCAGAGCUCGAGAAGGAACCCCAGCUAGUGCCUGAGCCUGCGGCUUGUUUCCUUAGCUGCAGAGGGAUGAACAUAGCUUCAGCCUGAGGCUAGAGGCUCAGCCUUUUUAGCUCUCUACAUCCGGCCUUCCAUGCUGCUCUA